CACCAAAGGUCUUAGUAAAUUUACAAUGAACAUUUAUUCCGUCGGUCGUUUGAGGCCCCUCUCCCACUGAAUUUCCUGUCACCUUGGCGUGCUUGGCGCGCUCGGGACGACCCGACUAGGGUGCCUGGCCAGUCGGCGCUAGCCCAGUAGAAUGGCGGACCACGGCGGGGGCACCUGGGAGCAGCAGCGGCAGCACUACAACAGUCAUGUAACCAACCUGUCCACCCAAGAGGCGUUGCAAGCCCGCAGCGAGGGCCCUGCACAGGCCCUCAAACACUUCCACAACCACGUCAAGCGACAACUCAUUCUCCGGUUUGCGUACAAGCAGGAGCGGCUGCUGGACAUGUGCUGCGGCCGCGGCGGCGACCUGCACAAGUGGAAGGAGGCGCAGAUCAAGUACGUGAAGGGUCUCGACAUCUCUGAGCGCGAGGUGGAGGAGGCGCAGCGGCGGUACGCCGAGAUGGAGGCCAGGCGGAAAGGCCCGCCCAUGCAUUGCGAGUUCGCGGCGGUGGACUGGCUGGGGUCGCGGCCGUACGAGGACGGUGGCGGCGCCGCCGGCGGCCCGGCCACUGGCGGCUACGGUGUGGUGGCGUGCAUGUUCGCGCUACACUACUUCUUUGUGAGCGAGGCCAGCCUGAGGUGCUUCCUGGGCAAUGCGGCGGCGCAGCUGAGGAACGGCGGCUUCUUCCUGGGCACGCUCCCCAGCGGCGCCCGAGUGCAGGAGCUGCUGGGUGGGCGGUCGGAGCUGCGGCUGCCCAUGCUGCGACUCAAGAAGAGAUGGGCGGACGGCCCCGGCGGCCGCCCCGCCAGCCCCUACGGCGCCGGCUACAUCUGCGACAUCGCCGACACCGUGACCGCCAGCAAGGAGGGCGCCACGGAGGGCAGCCUGGAGUACCUGGUGGACCUGCAGGUGCUUCAGCAGGUGGCGGCGGAGGUGGGGCUGUUCCCGGUGACGGACUACCAUGACGCAGUGGUCAUGGCCAACUUCGAGCAGGAGGACGUGGACGCGCCCUUCAAGCGCUUCAAGCCCUUCUUCCUGGACUCGCCGCAACUGGAUGCGCCGCCGGGCAGGCCGCCGCCACCGCCGCCCAGCAGCCUGGAGAUGGCCAGCUCCCUGUUCGUGGCGUUUGUGUUUCAGAAGACCUCGGGCCCCGAGGCCGUCACUGUGCCCAUGGCGCCUGAGUGCUCCUUCAUGCAGCCGCCGGCGGCGGGGCGGCGGAGAGGCGGCGGAGGAGGCGGCGGCGGCCCACGCGACGACGGUUGGGGCGGCGGCGGCGGCGGCGGGCACGGCGGUCCCAUGGGUCAUGACCCUGGGAUGAUGGGCAUGGGGCCAAUGGGCGGCGGGGGGCACGGGGGAGGGUACGGGGGAGGUGGCGGGUACGGGGACGCGGGCAUGGGCGGGCACCCGGGGUACGGCGGCGGCGGCGGCGGGGGAGGGUACGGGGGAGGCGGCGGGGGAGGCGCGUACGGCGGGGGUGGGGGAGGGUACGGGGGAGGCGGCGGCGGCUACGGAGGAGGCGGCGGGCCGCCCAAGCGGCAGCGGCACUGAUGCGAGGCGGCGGCGGCGGCGGCGGCGUGAUGGCCGGCCAGACGCGGGUUGGGGCGGUGUGUGCGGUGUGUGUGGUUGCGCUGGGUAAAAUUUUGCGUGUGGCGUGUGGCGGCUGGACAUGCGGCUGUUUGGUACCGGUACCAGUAUUUCUUGUGCUGGUUGCGGUCUUGCAGGUGCUAAGGAGUGCGUGUGCGCUGCACGUUGUGUGUAUGUCUUGCAACCGGCUGUAGCUGUGCCGCGAGGGCGACGGCAAGAGCGACCAGGGGCAGGUGCUUGGGCGCCUUGCCACAUGAGCGGCUGCGACGGCACAACCUGACCACCGGUGGUCGGGUUGUGGGUCAGGUCGUGGCAACAUGAGUUGGACUGCGGACCGCAUAUCGCCGACUGAGUUUGUGAGCAUGCACGGCUCAAGCCGCUCCGUUACAACAGUGCAUCAGUGCGCACACCGCGCACGUGAUGGAACAUGGCAAGGGGCAGGAAAGCGUAGUCCCGAUGUGCGCACACCGCGCAGCUACAAGCCUGUGUGCGUAGGCAGUGCAUCAUGGCUGUAAACUCAGAACUAUCUUCAUGAGCGUCCGGUUGUUGGGAUGGGGUUAGCGUCCCUAUUGCGGCAGUCUGUCACUACCAAAGCUGCACAGCUUGGCCUCCACGAGCACACACAGAAAAAGUACAUGCUCAAUAGGAAGUCGCGGUAAAGGAAUGGACACAAUGUACGCAACACACUCGUCGGUAAUCGUACGUAAUCAAGCACCAGCCAACACCAGGCACUCCCGCACUCCCGUGGCCAGAGCCGGCGCAGCCGAGAAGUGGGACUCCUGCUUCCAGGCAGCGCCGGCGGCCUGUGCCGGGGGGAAGAGAGGAAGCGGGCAGGCGGGGUAGUGGCGUGGGAGGGUUGCCAAUCGUUGUGAU